AAAGCUCAGUGGACAUAAAACCGCGGUGCUUGCCCUGACAAGCUGGGUUCAGAGUGCCAGCUGGGGCCCCGCGUUGGAUUCCACUUAGUUUUUGGAGGAUUUGACUGCAUGGUGCUGUAAGACCCUGGGAUCACAUACCUGCCACAGCACCUGACUGAAAGCCUGGUCUUCAGCAUCCCGUCGUUUCUCGCCCAAGCUCCUGCAUGUCUAAUAUUUAGACAUGUUCAGCUGUGUGGACUCAAGGACUGUUCUGCUACUUGUAGCAUCCCUAGUUGUUUUACUAUCUGUGGUCAGAUGUCAGGAGGAGGACGACCAGGUGGCAGGUGGCUGCACCCAGGAUGCCCAGCAGUAUAAUGAUAAGGAUGUGUGGAAGCCAGAGCCGUGUCGAAUCUGUGUGUGUGACAGCGGAGCAGUUCUGUGCGAUGAGAUUUUCUGCGAGGAGAUCAAAGAGUGCUCCAACCCUGUCAUCCCAACCGGAGAGUGUUGCCCCAUCUGCCCUGCUGAUGCCAGUGCCCCCAUGGAGACCCUCAGUGUUAAGGGCCAGAAAGGAGAGCCAGGAGAAAUAGCAGAUGUCGUAGGACCUAAAGGACCUCCAGGCCCAAUGGGCCCCCCAGGUGAGCAGGGACCACGAGGAGAAGUCGGUUCUAAAGGUGAUAAGGGAAAUCCUGGACCUCAAGGAAGAGACGGUGAACCUGGCACACCUGGAAACCCUGGACCCCCCGGCCCAGCUGGACCACCUGGGCCACCGGGACUUGGAGGCAACUUUGCUGCUCAGAUGGCUGGAGGUUUUGACGAGAAGGCUGGAGGUGCUCAGAUGGGAGUGAUGCAGGGACCAAUGGGUCCGAUGGGUCCCCGCGGUCCCCCUGGACCUUCUGGAGCUCCUGGACCACAGGGUUUCCAAGGUUCCCCUGGAGAGACCGGAGAGCCCGGUCCAGCUGGACCAAUGGGACCUCGUGGACCACCUGGACCUUCUGGAAAACCAGGAAGUGAUGGUGAACCUGGUAAAGCUGGUAAAGCUGGUGAGCGUGGAGCUGCAGGGCCUCAGGGAGCUCGUGGAUUCCCGGGAACUCCUGGACUUCCUGGAAUCAAAGGACACAGAGGUCAUCCUGGUCUGGAUGGAGCCAAGGGAGAGACUGGUGCUGCAGGAGCCAAAGGAGAGUCUGGAACAGCUGGAGAGAAUGGUUCCCCUGGACCAAUGGGUCCUCGUGGUCUGCCUGGUGAGAGGGGACGUCCUGGAGCCACUGGAGCUGCAGGUGCCCGUGGUAACGAUGGCUUGCCCGGUCCUGCUGGUCCACCUGGUCCAACUGGUCCUGCUGGAGGUCCAGGUUUCCCAGGAUCUCCAGGUGCUAAGGGAGAAGCUGGUCCCACUGGUUCUCGUGGAGCUGAAGGGCAGCAGGGACCUCGUGGAGAAGCUGGUACUCCAGGAUCUCCUGGUCCGGCUGGAGCAGGGGGUAACCCGGGUACCGAUGGUAUUCCUGGAGCCAAAGGAUCAGCUGGUGCUCCUGGUAUUGCUGGUGCUCCAGGAUUCCCAGGUCCCCGAGGACCACCUGGACCACAAGGAUCAACUGGACCUCUGGGGCCAAAAGGACAGUCUGGAGACCCUGGUCUUCCUGGACUCAAAGGUGAAUCUGGGCCAAAGGGAGAGCUGGGCCCUGCUGGUCCUCUGGGCCCUCCUGGCCCUGCUGGAGAAGAAGGAAAGAGAGGAGCAAGAGGAGAACCAGGAGCUGCUGGACCAAAUGGACCUCCAGGAGAGAGAGGAGCUCCUGGUAACCGUGGUUUCCCUGGUCAGGAUGGUCUGGCAGGAGUUAAGGGUGCUCCUGGUGAGCGUGGUGUCCCUGGUGCAGUGGGGCCUAAAGGUGCUACUGGAGACCCUGGGCGCACAGGAGAGUCGGGCCUUCCUGGAGCCAGAGGUCUGACUGGUCGUCCGGGAGACGCUGGUCCUCAAGGCAAAGUUGGACCCGGUGGAGCUCCUGGCGAGGACGGCCGUCCUGGUCCACCUGGUCCUCAGGGAGCUCGAGGACAGCCUGGAGUGAUGGGAUUCCCGGGACCAAAGGGAGCCAACGGAGAGCCUGGAAAACCAGGAGAGAAGGGUCUUGUGGGACGUCAAGGUCUAAGAGGACUGCCUGGAAAGGAUGGUGAGACGGGACCUUCUGGACCUCCUGGACCUGCUGGCCUUGCUGGAGAGAGAGGAGAGCAAGGACAGCCCGGACCUCCUGGCUUCCAGGGUCUGCCUGGACCAACCGGAUCUCCAGGAGAAGCUGGAAAACCAGGAGACCAGGGUGUUCCUGGAGAGGGUGGAGCUCCUGGUGCUGCUGGACCCAGGGGUGAGCGUGGUUUCCCCGGUGAGAGAGGUGGUGCUGGGCCUCAGGGUCUUCAGGGACCUCGUGGACUUCCUGGAACACCUGGAUCUGAUGGACCCAAGGGAGCAAUUGGACCUGCUGGUGCUCCUGGAUCUCAGGGACCUCCAGGUCUGCAGGGUAUGCCUGGGGAGAGAGGAGCCAGUGGAAUCUCAGGAGCCAAGGGAGACAGGGGGGACAACGGGCAGAAGGGACCUGAAGGCGCUCCUGGAAAGGAUGGUUCAAGGGGUCUGACUGGUCCAAUUGGUCCUCCUGGCCCAUCGGGGCCCAAUGGUGCCAAGGGUGAAACCGGACCCACUGGGCCUAAUGGUGCUCCUGGUGUUCGUGGUGCUCCUGGUGACCGUGGUGAGAUUGGUCCUCCUGGGCCUGCUGGCUUUGCUGGACCUCCUGGUGCAGAUGGUCAGCCUGGUGCCAAGGGAGAGCUUGGUGAGCCUGGACAGAAAGGAGAAGCUGGUUCUUCUGGACCCCAAGGACCAUCUGGAGCUCCUGGACCUGUGGGACCUACUGGCGUAUCUGGACCUAAGGGAGCACGCGGUGCUCAGGGAGCUCCUGGUGCCACAGGAUUCCCUGGUGCUGCUGGCAGAGUUGGACCUCCUGGUCCUAAUGGUAACCCUGGUUCUGCUGGUCCUAGUGGCCCUGCUGGUAAAGAUGGACCAAAGGGUGUUCGUGGAGAUCCUGGUCCUGCAGGAAGACCAGGAGAUGCUGGACUUCGUGGUCCUCCUGGCCCUUCAGGGGAGAAGGGAGAACCUGGAGAAGAUGGACCUCCAGGUCCCGAUGGGCCUUCAGGUCCCCAGGGUCUGGCAGGAUCUCGUGGUAUUGUUGGUUUGCCUGGUCAGCGUGGAGAGAGAGGCUUCCCUGGCCUCCCUGGACCUUCUGGUGAGCCUGGUAAGCAGGGAGCAUCUGGUUCUGCUGGUGACCGUGGACCUCCUGGCCCUGUUGGUCCUCCUGGACUAACUGGACCUGCAGGAGAAACAGGCAGAGAGGGUACUCCUGGAUCUGAUGGACCUCCUGGUAGAGAUGGUGCUGUUGGAGUCAAGGGAGAAAGAGGGAACACCGGUCCUGCUGGCGCCCCUGGAGCUCCUGGUGCACCUGGUUCUCCUGGACCUGUUGGACCUCUUGGAAAGCAGGGAGACAGAGGAGAGGCGGGUGCUCAAGGACCUGCAGGACCUCCAGGACUGGCUGGUGCAAGAGGAAUGGCUGGACCACAAGGACCAAGAGGAGACAAAGGAGAGGCUGGUGAGACUGGAGAGAGGGGGCAGAAGGGUCACCGUGGCUUCACAGGUCUGCAGGGUCUUCCUGGGCCCCCGGGUUCUCCUGGAGACGCUGGAGCUGCUGGACCUGCUGGACCAAAUGGCGCCAAGGGACCCCCUGGACCAGUUGGAAUUGCUGGAAAAGAUGGAUCCAAUGGACAACCUGGUCCCAUUGGACCUCCUGGACCUCGCGGACGUUCUGGAGAAGCUGGUCCUGCUGGUCCUCCUGGAAAUGCCGGACCACCUGGCCCUCCCGGUCCACCAGGCCCAGGCAUUGACAUCUCUGCUUUUGCUGGCCUGGGUCAGACCGAGAAGUCUCCUGAUCCUCUCAGGUACAUGAGGGCUGAUGAGGCAUCCAGCUCCGCGAGGCAGCACGAUGUUGAGGUUGAUGCCACACUCAAGUCCCUCAACAGUCAGAUUGAGAACCUGCGCAGCCCUGAUGGAUCCCAGAAGAACCCUGCUCGCACUUGCAGAGACCUCAUGCUGUGCCACCCAGACUGGAAGAGCGGCGAUUACUGGGUCGAUCCCAAUAUCGGCAGCACAGCUGAUGCCAUCAAAGUCUUCUGUAACAUGGAGACUGGAGAGACCUGCGUCUAUCCAAGCAUUGCCAAAGUACCAAAGAAGAACUGGUGGACCAGCAGCAGCGACCGCAAACACGUCUGGUUUGGCGAGAGCAUGAGAGGAGGAUUCCACUUCAGCUACGCUCAGGAUGGCCCUGCUGCCACCAUCCAGCUGAACUUCCUGAGGCUUUUGUCCACUGAAGCAUCUCAGACCCUCACUUAUCACUGCAAAAACAGCAUCGCCUACAUGGACCAGGCCACAGGAAACCUGAAGAAGGCUUUGCUGCUACAGGGAUCCAACAACGUGGAGAUCCGUCCAGAGGGCAACAGUCGCUUUACUUACGGCGUAAUGGAAGAUGGAUGCCAGAGCCAUACUGGCCGGUGGGGCAAGACUGUCUUUGAGUACAAAACAGAAAAAACCUCCCGUCUGCCGAUAGUAGACAUUGCUCCAAUGGACGUCGGAGGAGCAGACCAGGAGUUUGGAGUGGAUGUAGGCGCCGUCUGCUUCUUGUAAAGUGGAAAAUCACAAUUACCCCCUCCAAAAAAAAAACACAAGAAAUAAACAUAAUAUAAACUCAACCAUGAAACAUCACACACAUUUCCACAAUAAAGAAGACUGGGAAUUCUAAAAAAGAAAAAAAAAGAUGUGUUUUCUCUCACAACGAAGUGCUCUCCAAGUUGUACUUCCUGGAUGUGAGCACUGAAGGGCACCGGCAAUAUCUGUACACCACACCUGCAUUCUGUAUCAGCCCCCUGUCUGAGAUCCAGUCAUGUUUCCCACGGCCCAACCGCUGACAGGCAUGAGUCUGAGCCAGGAGGAGGAGGGACCACGCAAACGCGUUAUGGAGGACAGAAACAUGACUUGAUGUCACUUAUUUAUUGUCUAACCUGAGCGGGCAGAGUUGAUGUAGGACUGGACGGGUUCACUCUUGUAUGUAAUACAUGGACCCCCCC